UUAGCUUCCAGUUGUCAAACAACUUGGAGCGAGCGUCAGGAUUACGCUCGGGGACUUCGCACAGCGCCUGCUCCAGCCCCGCAACCCGGAGCCCAAGUACCGCAACGCCUCCGCCCGCCCCCGCUCCUCCCGCCGCCGAGAUGCUUGCCCGCGCCCUGCUGCUCUGCGCCGCCCUGGCGCUCUGCCGUGCAGCAAAUCCUUGCUGUUCCAACCCAUGUCAAAACCAAGGUGUAUGUAUGAGCAUAGGAUUUGACCAGUAUAGGUGUGACUGCACUCGAACAGGAUUCUAUGGCGAAAACUGUUCAACACCUGAAUUUCUGACAAGAAUAAAAUUAUUCCUGAAACCCACUCCAAAUACAGUGCACUACAUACUUACCCACUUCAAGGGAGUCUGGAACAUUGUCAAUAACAUUCCCUUCCUGCGAAAUGUAAUUAUGAAAUACGUGUUGACAUCCAGGUCACAUUUGAUUGAGAGUCCACCAACUUACAAUGUAGACUAUGGCUAUAAAAGCUGGGAAGCCUUUUCUAAUCUCUCCUAUUAUACCAGAGCUCUUCCCCCUGUGGCUGAUGACUGUCCAACACCCAUGGGUGUGAAAGGCAAGAAAGAGCUUCCCGAUUCAAAAGAGAUUGUGGAAAAAUUUCUUCUAAGAAGAAAGUUCAUUCCUGAUCCCCAGGGCACAAAUAUGAUGUUUGCAUUCUUUGCCCAGCACUUCACCCAUCAGUUUUUCAAGACAGAUCAUAAGCGAGGGCCAGCUUUCACCAAAGGACUGGGCCAUGGGGUGGACUUAAGCCAUAUUUAUGGGGAAACUUUGGAUAGACAGCAUAAACUGCGCCUUUUCAAGGAUGGAAAAAUGAAAUAUCAGGUAAUUGAUGGAGAGGUGUAUCCUCCCACAGUCAAAGAUACUCAGGUGGAGAUGAUCUACCCACCCCAUAUUCCUGAACACCUACGGUUUGCUGUGGGCCAGGAAGUCUUCGGGCUGGUGCCUGGUCUGAUGAUGUACGCCACAAUUUGGCUACGGGAACACAACAGAGUCUGUGAUGUGCUUAAACAGGAGCAUCCAGAGUGGGAUGAUGAGCGGCUAUUCCAGACGAGCAGGCUUAUACUGAUAGGAGAAACCAUUAAGAUUGUGAUUGAAGACUACGUACAGCACUUGAGCGGCUAUUACUUCAAGCUGAAAUUUGACCCAGAGCUGCUUUUCAACCAACAGUUCCAGUACCAAAACCGUAUUGCUGCUGAGUUUAACACACUCUACCACUGGCAUCCCCUUCUGCCUGACACCUUGCAAAUAGAUGACCAGGAGUACAAUUUCCAGCAGUUUAUCUACAACAACUCUAUAUUGCUGGAACAUGGGCUUACCCAGUUUGUGGAAUCAUUCAGCAGGCAGAUUGCCGGCAGGGUUGCUGGUGGUAGGAAUGUUCCAGCUGCAGUACAACAAGUAGCAAAGGCCUCAAUCGACCAGAGCAGGCAGAUGAAAUACCAGUCUCUUAAUGAGUAUCGCAAACGCUUUCGGCUGAAGCCCUAUGCCUCAUUCGAAGAACUUACAGGUGAGAGAAACUUUUUUUUUUUUAAAGAUUUUAUUUAUUUAUUUGACAGGGAAUACUAUCCAGAAGGACACCUAAGGGACAAUGUGAUUGAACACUUAAAGGCUUUGAAGGACCUGCUAAAUGAGAAGAUAAAACUUGCAGUAGGUGCAACACUGAUAUAA